AUGUCCAUCGUUACUCUGUUUUCUGUCUUCACGGAAGAUGUGAGGGAACUUCACGAGGCCGUUGUUUUCCAGAGAGGAUUGGAGAUGUUUGUCGAUGCCCUCCGCGCCUUCUCCUACCAAGAGAUUCAAUCCGAGAAGUGUUCGACUAUGAAUCAAUUGGAGACCUACAUGACAUCGAACCUCGUCGGAAGUGUGAUGGAGAAGUACUUCGAGAAUUCAUUGACUGAAAACAUCUGCUCUCAUUCAAUCUCUUUCUUCCAACCAACUUUUUGCACACUGGAAGAAGAAACGACGUCAGAGGACGACCAAGGACAGUACAAACCCGUGGAACAAGAGGAGCACGUGGAAGAAACCAAGGAUCGGCAACAGGAGCGGCACGUGGAAGAACUUCUGCUGCUUAAAUUCGCAGCCUUUUGUUAUUUUUGCAUUAUUACUCAAACAAUUCAAUAA